AGGAAGAAACAGUUUGCAUUGUGUCAGUCAGUGUUGUAAACAGUUUUUUUACAAUUUAUUUAAAGACGGAAUACAAUUAAAUAUAUAAUUUGACAUUGAAAUAAUAAAGAGAAAAAAUACUAGAAACAACACACAGAUUUUUGUUGGAAAACUUUAUUUACUUUGCUACCCUUCUUUAACAGUAAGUAAGAUUUGCUCCGUACGAGAAUUUAUUACAAAAAAGUUUUUAAAAAAAUGGGUGGUGCUCAUCUUCACACUCCACAAUCUGUAUUUCAACACAUGAUGGGACAGCAAAAUGUACCCCAAGAACCAGAACAAUGGUUACAAGUACCACAGAUUCCUCAACCAUCAAUGCCAUGGAGUAUUCCAGCACUUCAGCAACCAGAUUUGGUUCGAUUUACAGGCGAAAGUCCUCAGCCAAAAGGUUUUUUUUUGCAUCAAAAGAGAAAACUUGUAAUGCCAGAUCUAGUUGACACUAGACCUUCAAAGCAGCUUAUAACUGAAGAAAAAAUGGCAGCUCAUUUUCAACAAUUGCACAUUUCUCCCAAUUCCACACAAACCUGUAAUCAAUUUAAUUCACAAGAAGAUUUAGAAAUGGACAGUACAAAUCUAAUAGAUUUUGAGAAAAUGAAGAAACCCCAGGCAAAAUUAAUUUUAUCCGAAGAGCUAAAAAGAUUGCAAGAGGAGCCUAUUAUUCCAUCAUCAAUUUUAUCAAAACUGGAAAGGCCCUCCAUGGCGUUAGUUCUCUGGGAACCACCAAAUAAACAUUUAAGAAUUAUGCACACUCCAAGGAAUACACCAUCAACUCCAAUUCCCAAUUCAUCUGAUGACAAUAACAAUGCCAUGUCCGAUGAAGAAGGGAAUAAUAAUAACGAAACCGUGCACGAUUUCAACCAAGUAAGACUUCAAAAUAAUAUUACAUCAACUUAUGAACCAAUGGAUUUAUAAAAAUUAACAAAACACUGAGAUUUUCUGUUUUGUAUAAACUUUUUUUUUUUUAAUGUUGUAAACAGUUGAUGAGAAAAGGUAGAAAUUUUAAAAAUACUUUUCCACAUUUUUCGUUAUAUAUCAAAAUAUGAAAUUUUUUUUUUUUGAUUUCUAAAAUAUUCUAUAAAAAGUUUGUUUUUUUAUUAAUUAUUUCUAUUAGAAAUGUAUUUUAGUUUUUCAUUAUAUAUUUGAAUAUUUAUUGCGAUGAAAAAAAUAAAUUGUAGUGCAGAGAAGUUAAUACAGAUUGACGGUGUUACGUACAUUAAGUAGAAAUUAUUCACGCUUCUUUACUGCCAUUACAAAUAUGUUUUUUUUAAAUGAAAAAAAAUUGAAUGAAGAAAGUUUUUGUUUGUGAUAAAAUAAAAUAUGAAUGUAAAUGAUAAAAAUGACAGUUGUGGAAGAAUAUGUAAUGUUAAAUUUACAAAUGGUACAUUAGCUUCAUAAUACAUAAUUUAUAUUCAUAUUACUGUUCAUUACGUAUGUAUGAAAAUUGUACAAUAAAGUAUGAAUUAUCUUCUUAAUAA